AUGUCACUCUCGCGACUUGCUAAUUUUGAAUAUCGUCGGGAACGUCAAAGGAGGGUGGCGGUUAUCCCCCUAAGACGACUUCGAGAUCGACAAAAUCCAGUUGAGUGGUUCAACGCCGUCGAGUUCAAACUCCGCUACCACAUGUAUAAAGAUACUGCAAUAUUCGUCACAGGGCUUAUCCAGCACGAGCUUUCUUCUCCUAUUCGCCGGGGUAUUCACGUCCCCCCUGUUGUGCAAUUUUUGACUGUUCUUCGUUUUUAUGCAACUGGCUGCUUCCAGUUGGAUAACGCUGAUCUGCACACAUUAUCCCAGCCCACAAUCUGCAAUCUUGUGAAACGUGUCUCGGCCUCAAUUGCAAAGCUGCGAAGACGUUUCAUUCGAUUCCCAGCAGAAGAUGAAGCAGACGCAGUUCGUAGAGAUUUCUUUGGACUGGCAGGAUUCCCAGGAGUAAUUGGAAGCAUUGACUGA